UUAGAUAUAUAUAGAAUGUCUUUGAAAGGUGUUAAACUUAAAGACACUAUACGCGAUCAAUUUUCGUCAUCAAAUCUCCAGUGUUUAGUUUUCUGAACAUGUUCAAUAUAGGAUUUAUAGCACCACAAACCUAGCUCCAUUGUAGGCUGUGGAGGUGGAGUUACUGAGGCAUGCAGAGAGACACAGAAGCACUCUCAUGGCCAUUCUCUGAAUUAUGUACACUAUAUACCUUCAUUAUUUUAUUUUACCAAACUCUAUAAGUCUCCUGAUGUGUAUAAUUUCACCAAUUACUGCUACUUAAGGUUUCCAAUAGAAACAGUCAGUAAGAUACCAAGUUACAUGGGAGUGUGUACUACGCUCUCAGAGAGAUAAGAGAACACAAAGCCACGUUUAGAGAUUAUGAUAACACUAGGCAGGCGCAGUUGUCUAGAAACACUAGUUGAGCAGCAAAACCGGUUGAAGAGGUCUCUGUUUUUUGCUAGAGUAAGGGAUUAUACAGUGGGGGUCGAUAUUCAAGUUAUUGUUGACUCUGGAACGGGGAGUACCAUUGAGCCCUCCAGGGAUCGAACGACGAGGAUGGAGGACGCGUCCACAUGCAUGGUGUGUCUGCUGGUGUAUGAGAUGAAAGGGAGGGAGCCGCUGGUGCUGCUGUGUGGCCACGCCAUGUGUAGAGUCUGUGUUAACAACAUCAUCAAGUCUGGAUCCCACGCAUGUCCCAAGUGUAAGAAGCAGCACACGCCUCAGGCCCUGGAGAACCUCUCUGUUAGUUACGAUAUUAUGGCUGUAGCCGAGGAGUACGCCUUGAUCAAGAAUAACUCGUGUUCUACACACCAGCAGCAGCUGCAGUUCUGGUGCACGCUGUGUCAGCUGGCUCUGUGUGGCCGCUGUAUCCUCUCUGGUCACCUGGACAAAGGACACGAAGUAAUGAUUGCAGAUGAGUUCAUGCAAGAAAAAAAGAAGAAAGUUGAAAGUCACGCCAAUAGGCUUCGUAAAAUCCACCAUGGUCUUAAACGUAGAGCAGCUAAUAAGUUCAUAAAUACCAUCCGUAGCAUCAUUGAGCAAUGUGCAUUCUGUGAAGCCCUCAAUGAAUUCAAUAAUAAUAUAGAAAAAACAUUAAUUGAAGCCCAAAAUUCGAUCAGUAUCAAAGCCAUUGCUUCAUCCGAAUGCAUAAUGUCAGUACUUGAGGCGGAUUUUACGAACUUUUAUACUGAACAAAAAGCUUCAUUGUUGGGGCCCAGCACUUCAAGACUCGGUCAAGACACUUUCAACGUAUCUGGUGAGGAAGAUACAGAAGAGAGAGUUGGUGGUCAUGAAGACAUUCACGCUUCAAACGUUGGCCAAGAGGCUGCAACUUCAGUAAGUGAAACGGAAGCUAAAACUCCAAGAAGCCCUUGCAAAUCCUCAGCUUCAACAAGUCAGGAAGGAGUGAUAGCUUCAUCAGGCCAAGAAAUGUAUACAGCUCCUGCUGCUGACCAGACAGGGACUACAGCUUCCUCAGGCCAAGAAGGAACGGCUGAGCCAGCACAUCGAACUGAUGAUGUGAGUGAACUUGAACAGGAGGAGGAGACAGCAGAUGAUAACCUUGUGUGGCCACUAACUUGUUGUGUUAGUAUGGGCAAGGAUCUUGAAGGAAGUCUGGUCAAUGAGGAGGGAAGGCUCCUCUUGAUAACCUCAACCAACAAGCAGACGGAAUCCCUCGUUACGAUUGGGCUUGAUGUGAUAUGGCGGCUGCUGGACCCGAAAAACACCGAGGUGUUCCUGGAGUUGGGAAUCUCUGACCAUUCCCUGGGUCGCAUCAACAUCAGUUUACGUUCUGGUAUGCGACUAGCUAAGCAGUUCGUGGCAUUGUGCUUAGGCUACCAGGGGCCCAGCCUGGUCGGUUCUCGUAUGUAUCGUGUCGAAAAGCAAGAUGAAAAGGGAGAGAUGCUGGUGGGGGGCCAGUAUAUGAACCCCAACAUAAACAAAUUCGUUACCAAAGGCAUUGUGGAGGGGCUGGAGUGGGGCGGUGAUCAUGGCACAGAGAAAAUAGAGGGGCUGGUAAUGAGCUGUAGUGGAGGACAUGAGAGAACUGGUUCGCUCUUCAGCAUCUGUACGAGGAGUGAUCCUGGUGUCAAAGUGGAUAACCCAGCAUUUGGGAUGGUUGUGUCUGGCAUGGAGGUGGUGCAUGCAGUCAUCUGGCACAACCCUAUUACUGAUGUUACCAUCACCAGGUGUGGCCUUGUGGUGCAGUGAGAUCGCCAGUACCUGAUGUAGCUUUGCUGUGUUAUUGCUCUCUAAAUCUUUACACUGUCACAAACAUAGACGAUUGGAGAUUUUAGUUCUUUUCUGGUGUUUACCAUGUGCUGUGUUAAUCAAAUUUUCCCCAGCCAUGAUGUUCAUACCUCUGAUGAGGCUUCGUGCCUGAAGAGUUCAGACACGAAUAUCUGGCUUUGGAGUCACGUACAUCUGGCUUUAUUCCAUGAGAAUUAAAACAGCUUGCAAUAGUGUAUAGUUUGUACUAGACGAGGCUUCACCCUGCUAGCCAUGAUGGUUGCUAGCAGUGUGUGUGUGUAGGGAGGGAAGAAGAGCUUUUAACUAGCGAGAAUAGUCACACAAAAUAUAUAACAAGAUAAUUUCGAUGUUUUUUAUUUGGAGUUUGGGUGGUACGUUUUUGGUAUCGUAAUAAUUGCAAAGUGAAAUGUGGAAGAAAUAUGUUGUCAAAAGCAUAUUGUGUGUAUGUCAUUCUGCUUUUUCUUAAAUUAAAACAAAAAUAAUUAUAAAUAGCAUAGAUAGUAUAAGGCCCUUGGUUAAAUGUAACAAAAACUUCCUUCCCUGGGUACAUACUUGUGAAGGGAAAGUUUAUAUAGUUGCAGACGAUGUCACAUUAACGUGGCUCAAAAGCUGAUUCCCAACCCACCAUUAUCGAGUCAACUUUGAGGACGGACCGAAACGUCAUUUCUUCAUUUUCAGAUGUGUGGUUUGGGAAUUACGUUGUAUAGUUGUUCUGGUUACCUCAGGUGGCAGCAGAGUGGCUGUUGGUGCUUCUUCUCUGACCUGGGGCUGGAGUCUGACUUGUUUCUCGAAAAUAUUUUGUAAUUUUCAUCCUUUUGAAUUAUGAA